AGACAGAAAAGACAACCAAGAGGAUAUUUAUUGAUCUCCUUAUUGUUUUGGAUGCUGCUUUCUGCCCUUCCCAUUGUGCAGAGAGAAAGAAGACAUCUCUUGAACAAGUGGAAGAGGGAGAGUACACACGUAGGCAGGGAGAGCAUAGCAACCAGGCUCUACCAUGCAGAAGAGCCAGAAGCAUCAUGCUCAAAAGCCAGUCAUUCCAGACUUGUUAAUGACUCCUAGUGACCAAGGAGAUGGUGACCUAGAGACCGAAUAUCCUGAAGAGAGAGGAAAUUGGACAGGCAAGCUGGAUUUCCUUUUGUCUUGCAUUGGCUACUGCGUUGGAUUGGGAAAUGUUUGGAGAUUCCCAUAUCGUGCCUAUACAAAUGGGGGAGGGGCAUUCCUCGUUCCUUAUUUCAUUAUGUUGGCUAUAUGUGGGAUACCCAUUUUCUUCAUGGAACUAUCGUUAGGCCAGUUCUCAAGCCUUGGGCCUCUGGCUGUUUGGAAAAUAAGCCCACUCUUCAAAGGUAUUGGUAUGGCCACAAUCCUGAUUGUCUCCUUGGUGGCCAUUUACUAUAACAUGAUCAUUGCCUAUGUUCUCUUCUACCUCUUUGCCUCGUUGACCAACAACUUGCCUUGGCAGUACUGCGGCAACUGGUGGAACACAGACCUGUGCCUGGACCACCAUGUCAUGCACACAGGAAACAGUGCUGUUCCUUUCAACACUUCUAACACUGUCAGUCCAAGUGAGGAAUAUUGGAACCGCUAUGUCCUCCAUAUCCAAGGAAGUUCAGGCAUUGGGGAUCCUGGGAAGAUUCGCUGGAAUCUCUGCCUCUGUCUCCUGCUAGCUUGGCUCAUUGUGUAUCUAUGCAUCUUAAAAGGAGUAAAAUCUUCUGGCAAGGUUGUUUAUUUCACAGCCACAUUUCCUUACCUCAUUCUGAUCAUGCUCCUGAUUCGUGGGGUGACACUUGAGGGGGCCUGGCUAGGAAUCAAGUUCUAUCUCACACCCCAGUUUGAUCUCCUAUUAUCUCCCAAGGUGUGGAUUGAAGCAGCUUUGCAGAUCUUCUAUUCUCUUGGGGUAGGAUUUGGGGGGCUUCUCACCUUUGCAUCGUAUAAUACCUUCCACCAGAAUAUUUACAGGGAUACAUUUAUAGUCACCGUGGGGAAUGCGGUUACCAGCAUUUUGGCUGGCUUUGCCAUUUUUUCUGUUUUGGGAUACAUGUCCCAAGAACUUGAUGUUCCUGUUCAGGAAGUUGCCAAAGCAGGUCCAGGGUUGGCUUUUGUAGUUUAUCCACAAGCCAUGACAAUGCUUCCUCUUUCUCCUUUCUGGUCUUUUCUCUUUUUCUUCAUGCUGUUGACUCUUGGCCUGGAUAGUCAGUUUGCCUUUCUAGAGACCAUUGUUACUGCAGUGACAGAUGAGUUCCCAUAUUACCUGCGUCCAAAGAAGGCUUUUUUCUCAGGCAUCAUUUGUGUUGCAAUGUUUCUAAUGGGGCUCAUUCUCACAACAGAGGGUGGAAUGUACUGGUUGGUGCUGCUGGAUGACUACAGUGCUGGGUUUGGUCUCAUGGUGGUGGUCAUAACUACCUGUCUGGUAGUGACACGUGUUUACGGCAUGAAAAGAUUUUGCCAUGACAUUCACAUGAUGCUGGGUUUCAAGCCAGGGAUAUACUUUAAGGCCUGCUGGUUGUUCUUGUCUCCGGUAACAAUGACGGCCCUGCUUGUGUACAGCAUUAUCAAAUACCAGCCUUCAAAGUACAAUGGGACUUACUGCUUUCCAUUUUGGGCUGAGGCUCUGGGCAUCCUAAUGGGGAUCUUCUCUUGCCUGAUGAUCCCCAUGGGAAUGCUGUUUGCUCUGCUUCGAGAAGAAGGGACACUCUGGCAAAGAAUCCAGCAAGCUAGCAGACCAACAAUGGAUUGGGGUCCUUCUCUGGAGGAAAACAGAACUGGCAUGUAUGUGGCAACCCUGGCAGGUAGCCAGUCUCCUAAACCCUUGAUGGUCCACAUGAGAAAAUAUGGAGGGAUCACUAGCUAUGAAAACAUAGCUUUUCAAAUUGAUAAAGAGAUGGAAGAGGAUGAAGAAGAAUCUAUCAUAUGAAGAAAAAGUUUACCUAUUCACAUGAGGUGAUGGAAGGCAAAGAGAUUGUGGGGAAUAUUCUGCACAACUUUGCACUUUGGCACAUCAGUCCAAUCAGCCGUCUGUUUCCAGACACAGCAAAAGAUGGCCUAUUCAGAACUUUAUACUAGUGCAUUUGGCUGUAAAUCCCAAUGUUUUUGAGGUUUCUGUUCAAUGUGACAAGAGCUUGUUUUAGUGGCUUAAUGCCUGAUGCAGGUCACUCAUCCAUGCUGUCUUUGCUGCUGUCACCAAUAAUGGGUUUCUCAAAUUCAGAAUAAGUAUACUGUAUGCUAGCUCCUAUUGUAUUGAUCCAGUCUAUUUUUCCUGUAGCUAUACGUUUGUACUUCUUUAUCCACAAACAUCCUUGUUCCAUAGAAACAUAGACGUUUCUUUAUCCAGUGGACCAAUUCUCAAAAAUCUUCCAUUGUUCUAUCUUCUGUGGCUUAGUAAAUGGUAAUUUUGCAUAGUGCCUCAGAAUUUUGAAAGUAGUUUAUGGAAGUGUAUUCCUUAUAGAAAGUCAGAGACCUUGAACAUGUGUAUGAAUUGCAAGAAAAUCUUAAAUAUCACAGUAUGUCUAAAAUUCCAAAUCAAUUAGUCUAAUUUUUAAGUCUAGGAUAAAUUAAAAGAUAUAGAGAAAUUGUUUGGUUACAGGACAACCAUAAAAUUCAAUGUAUAAUGUAUUCAGUCUUGUAUUGGCUUGAAAUAGACAUAUAGAAGUUAGAAAUAACUAAGAGUCUCUUUUUUUCCAAGGAUUAACACAGUCCAGGAAAAAAAAUGGAACGGGGAAACAAAUUCAUGCUAGUAAAAGAAAUAAGUGCACCAGGGAGGUUAAGCUGACUGAAAAAUGUCUUUCACAGGAAGAUAUACAGUAUUACAAAAUAAUAAUAAUAACAACUACAGCCAACAUUUUUACAAAUUGUUUGUAUGGUGACCAGACACUUUGGAAUCUGUUUAUAAAGCGGUUAAUUUAUAGCUGUAGAGUCUAUCUCUGAAAACUGCAGGAAUAAGAGUUCAAAUUCAAGUAUAUGCACAUUUAUAUGAAGUUUUAAUGCCAAGAGUCCAUAUAUUCACUAUGUAUGAAAACUACAGUCUAUGUGAAUGUAGGAAGCUAUUUUAUAUUGAGUCUGUCAGGUGAUAUACGGUAGCUCCAUGUGACUUAAUGGUAUUCUAUAAAGCAGUUUUAUACCGGGAAAAUCUCUGAUGGAGCACAUAUUUUUUUGCAAAUGCUGCCAGUUAUUCAAGGUUUCAGAGAGCAUGGGACUUUGAAGAUGCAAAAAAUUACGUGCCCCAUCAGUGAUUUUUCCUGUAUGAAAUUGCUUUAUAGAAUACCAUUAAGUCUAGAUCACUGUUACCUGUAUGAAGUUGAAGUGGCUACAGCAAUUCUAAUGGGGGACUUUCUCCAUCCACACCUGGAGAUGUCAGAAUCCUUAUCUACAAAGCAUUAUCCAUAUUACUUCUUUUCUUUCUAAAGAAUGAUAGUAUCAUAAGUGGAGAUGGUUUAAGUUGGCCAUACGGGUAUAAUAUGGAAAUGUUAUGAUGGGCUGGCUAGCAGGCUGCUUAGAUGGAUGAACGGAUGGACUGAAUAAUAAAGGAAUGGUUGCAUGGUACAAUUUAUUUAUUUAUUUAUUUAUUUAUGAGACUUAUAUACCGCUUUAAGUGCAAGCACUCUCUAAGCGGUGUACACCAGU